CCCAAGAAAGUAGGUCUGUUCUGGAUGUAUAUAUUUAUGUGGAACAUCAACAAACUUUUAUUAAAACAGGCAAACGACUUUUAAAAAUCGUCUACAGCGCAAGGUGUUGGUUUUUAUUCAUAAAGACGGCAAAUGCAGCCUACAUUCCAAGAAUUUUUUUUCAUAUUGCUGCGGAUGAAUAUAUCUUUUUACCCCUAACCUCCUUUCGCGCUACCGAAGUGUAGGCCUACAAUGCGAAAUGAUGGUGAAUGUUGUGAAGUGAGAGUUUUAUUUCGUAGUUUUAAUGUAUUUAACUGAAGACUGUGCGUUAUCUUAGUGAUGCGGAUCGCGGCGCGCGUGCUAUAAUGUUGGAUGUACAAGUUCCCGGAGGAUUUGGAGCGCAAAGCAAGUUAAACUGGCUGUGUUUGGCUGCUCGGCGGGGUGUUGGCAGUCGGAGAGGUUUCGCCUAACAUGGCUGCAACGCAAGCCGAACACCACCAGCACAAGGAGGUGAUUCGCGAGCAAGCGCAGCAGCCGGAGCAGCCUCAGGACGUGGCCGGCCCCGGCUUACAGAAUGGCACGGAGAAGAACGGCGGACGCGACAAUGUGAGCGGCAAGGCCAAGCUGCCCGUCGGCCACAAGAGCAGCCUUAUCCCAGGCUUGGAGAUGAGUCAGUACCGACAGGAGUCGGGCGCAGGACCUCCGGGCAACGUAAACAGUGACCAGGGCGGGAACAGUGGCGACGUAGACAGUGCGAAAAUAAACUCGGACGGCUCGGGCAAACCUUUUCCCCCCAACUCGGAUCCCCCCGGCGGUGAUCCGAGCUACGGCAAGCUGCCUGACAAUGCUGCUGCCGCCGCCCCGGGGUACGGCGGCGCGGGCGCGGGGUACCCGGGCAGCAGGGGCGGCUACCCGCACCUGGACCAGCAUCCUGGCAGCAACAAUUCGGACCUUCACCACCCCUACGCACCACCGGGGAUGCGGCACCACUUCCCUGGGAAACCUCAGGCCGCUGGACCUAUGAUUCCUCCUCGGCCGCCCAGUGGUGGGGCCAACUCCAACAGCCCUGGUACACCUUUCUCUCCUCAUGGACAACAGCAAAGGUUUUUGUCUGGGCAAAGUAUCUCCCAGCCUACUGGACCUACUCCUACACUUAAUCAGCUCUUGCAAGCGUCCAACCCAGUGCAUAGAUAUCCUAAUAGUUACGGUGACAUGAACAUGCAAAAGCCUGGUGAACAAGGCCCCGCUGGCUACGGUUACAACCAGUGGCCUUCAUCGUACCCAGGGCAGCACCUACCACCUGGAUACCGCAACCAGAGUCCUGUGAGUAAUCGUGUUGGAUCGCCCAGGGAAUCAACGACCCCCAAACCCUCAGUGAGUUUCCGUGCCGAGUCGCCGAGGGGACCCUCCGCCGGGCCUACAGACCUGACCGGACAGAACAGCAAUGACAGCUCUUCGGGGCCGCAGGGCGCGCAGGGGCCGGGUACUCCAAACUCCAUGAGGCCCACCCCGUCGCCCACCGGGUCCUCAGGAAGUCGCUCCAUGUCCCCGGCUGUUGGUGUCGGGCAACAGAACAUUCCAAUGCCGCCGCGCCCUUCCAGCGUGCAGUCUGACAGCAGUGGCCCCACUCGCAUGAGCCUGUCCCCGAUGGCCGCCCAGGGUGGUUACCAGCAGCCCCUGGCGCCGCCGCCGCACCUGCACGCCGCCUACAAGAUGGGGGGUCCGCACGCGGGCAUGCCGCCCAGCGCCCAGCAGAUGCCGCCCUACUCGCCCCAACAGGCGCAGCAGUACCCUCAAGGAGGCAGCUAUAGUCCUAGACCUCAGGGCAACAUGCAGUACAAUCCGAACCAGAACUACGGGCCGGGCGCCGGCGGCCAGCAGGGAGGCGCCUAUCCCAGCAGACCCAUCCCGAACCACGUCCCACACUCGCAGUUUGGUUACCAAGGCUGGGGAGGUCCGGGCAUGAACCAGGGCCCUCCUCCCAACAUGAUGGGCGGCCCUGGCAACCACGUGGCAGGCAAGAGCCCGAACGGGCCGCCCUCGGGGCCACCGGGGCCCCAGGGUGGCGGCCCCCCGUCCGGCGCGCCCUCGGCGACGUCUCCACAGACGCCCCCACCUCAGGGCGCUCCCGGGCCGCCGGGGCCUCCUGGACCACCCGGCCCUCCUGGGCCGGCGCCGUCACCGGGCAUGAGCCCCGGGCCACGGCCGCACACCCCUCCACACGGAGGCCCCGGCCCCCACGGGCCUCCAGGGCCGCACGGCGGGCCCCACGGACCCCCGCACCACGGGGGACCGCACUACCUCAAGCAGCACCUGCAGCACAAAAUGGGGUUCGGCAGCCCCAGCCCCGGCUCACCGGGAGGGCCACCUUCGGGACCACAAGGAGGGCCGUCGGCCGGACCGUCGCCUCCUCAGGGACCUGGAGGACCUCCACAAGGACCGCCCUACGGUGCUCCCGGCGGACCUGGUGGGCCCGGUGGUGCCUCUGGAGGGCAGCAGGGGCCUCCUGGAGGUCCCCAGGUCAGUCAGGGGCCGCACCACGGUGGCCCUAUGGGCCCCCCACCUGGCCAUCACCACCCUAUGGGACCGAUGGGACCCAUGGGCCCUCCUAUGGGCUCGUCCAGCCCGGGGCCGGGUGGCCCUCCACCUGGCGCCCCACCGGGAGCACCCCUUGGUCCGGGUGCGCCCUCACCGGUGCCGAACAGCCACGGGCCGCACCCCCACCACGACGGACCCGGCGGACCCCACGGACCCCACGGCCCCAUGCCACCGCCCGCGUCCACCCCCAACUCGCACGCCUCCAUGCACCCCAUGAGCUCGCACAGCGAUGGCGAGAUGGUGCACGACAACGGAAUCAUCACAACUGCAGCCGGAACGGCGACAACCAACGUGAGUCCCGCGACGACGGGUGCGGGUCCCGGUGCGGGGCCGGGCUCGGUGACGUCCGUAGUGACGACGGGGCCCGACGGCGCGCUCAUGGAUGAGGCCUCACAGCAGUCCACGCUGUCGAACGCCUCGGCCGCGUCGGGCGAGGACCCGGGCAGCAGCGGUGGCCCCACGCCCAAGCCGCGACCGGUCUAUCACAACCACCCCGGCGGCCCCGGCUCGGCGCCCAACGCGCCCUCGCCAGGGCCCAGCGCCAUGAACAGCAUGCACGAGGACUACGAGAUGGGCGGCCCCGGCGGCCCUGGUGGCCCGGGGGCGGGGCCCAACAACUGGCCGCGGACUCCAGCGAGCCCGGUGUUUAACAGUCAUGUCGGAGCCGAUCCGUACAAAUCGAAGAAACCGGAUAGUUUGACUAAACUGUAUGAAAUGGAUGACUCAAGAGAUAGAUGUCUCUGGCUCGACAAGCUUCUUCAGUUCAAUGAGGAACGAGGCACUCCGAUCCAGGCGUGUCCCCACAUCUCCAAGAACCCCCUCGAUCUCUAUAGACUAUAUUUUUAUGUCAAGGAGAGAGGGGGUUUCAUGGAGGUAACAAAGAACAAGACAUGGAAAGACAUUGCUGGUCUCCUGGGCAUCGGAGCUUCAUCCAGUGCUGCCUACACCUUACGGAAGCACUAUACAAAGAAUUUGUUACCGUAUGAAUGUCACUUUGAUAGAGGAGGAAUGGACCCACAGCCUCUUAUCAACCAAGUAGAAGCUGGGACCAAGAAAAAACCUGCAAAAGCUGCACCAGUGCCAUCGCCAGGGUCGUCUAAUUCUCAAGAUUCCUUCCCAGCACCUGGUUCUGGAAGUGCUUCUAUGGAUGGAUACAGUUAUGGAUAUCCGCCCAACUCAGGACAGGACUACAAUGCCCAGCGGCCACCAUCUCAGACGAAUGCUACCACUCCACAUCCAGGUGUGGGUGUGCCAAAUCAUGGUGCAGGUGAUAACGUUAGCGUUUCCAAUCCAUUUGAUGAUGGGGCCCCUGGUCAGGGCCAGAGAUCCAAUUCUUACGGACAACCUUAUGGACCCUCGGGCCCGCCUCGCUCUGGGCCACAAGGUUACCAGGGUCAGGGCUACCAGUACCCUGAACAGUAUGGCAGGGGUCCUGAGUACAAUCAGCAGUAUCCCCCAGGAAGCAAUUUCCCGGGAAAUCGGUCUAUGUACCCUCCUUAUGGUCCAGAGGGUGACAGGCCGCCUUAUAACCAAACCCCUAGUGGUGCUCAAAGUGGUCCACCGGGAACUCCGGGCUCCGAUCCCUACAGGUAUCAGCCCCCAGGUUACCAACCCAGGCCAGGGUACCCUCAAGCACCUCCUUCAAGUCCAGGAACGCCUCAGCCACCAGGCCAAGGUGGGGAUUAUUAUCGUCCUGACAGAAGACAUCCUGACUUUAGCCAACCGAGGCCUCCUAUGUAUGCUGGGUGGCCUAACAACUCCCAGUACCGAGGCCAGUACCCUCCCCAGGGAGGUGCACAACCCAACUCACAACAGUGGAGUCAAUCGCCCAGACCGGGUGCUCCUCCAAACAGCCAGGCUAGUUCGGGGCCAUGGCCACAAUCACCCUACCAGCCACCACACCAACCACCUCAAAAUUCUCAACAGCCUUGGGGACCCAACAUGCCUCCUUCAGGUGUAGGUCAAAGUUCACCGUUGAGGCCACCAUUAGGACCUCAUGCACAAUACAGACCCGAUGGCAAGCCCAGACCACAAAUUCCUGGUGUAACUCCUGGUGUUAAGAUGCCCCAGCCAUCACAAUCACCUCUUCAGGUUGCCAUGGGGCGCCUGAAGGCUGACUCUGCUUUCCCUCUCGAUAGUGUGGAAGCAACAACACCAAUUCUAUACAAACGUAGACGACUGACCAGAGCAGAUGUUUGCCCUGUAGAGGCAUGGCGUCUAAUGAUGAGCCUCAGAUCUGGCUUGUUAGCAGAGAGCUGCUGGGCCCUGGAUACAUUAAAUAUUCUUCUAUUUGAUGAUGUGUCUGUUGCAUACUUUGGUCUACAACAUAUGCCAGGCCUCCUGGAUGUUCUUUUAGAGCACUUCCGUAAAGCUUUAGAUGACAUGUUUGAAUCAGCAGGACAAACAACUAGAAAAUGGUAUGGAAAGACCCCACCCCUCAAGGAGGAAGAAGAAAUUGACCUUGGUAGUGUGGUUGAGCCCAUUAAUCCCAAUGAUAAAACCCAAAUUUUAUCUAGCAAAAUGCCAAAUUACACUCUUGUUACUCGCAAGGGUAAACCUGUCAAGAUUGUCAACAGGGAUAGUGAUGUGUUUAUUUUGGACUCCAAGAAAACCUGGGAUGUGGAAGGCGAGGCCUCUGACGCCAUGGCUGAAAGCGAUGCAACCGUUGAGGCUCUUGCUACCAAAUAUAUUGUGCCCUGUUUCCAGGGAGAGUUCAACAUUGUACCUUUUGCAAGGUUAAUCCCUGACAAGAAGAGCACAGGCCAGGAUCGGCCGAAUUCACCUAAGACUGAACCUCAGAACAGUGUGAGUGUGGACUGUGCUCCAGCGUGUAAAGAAGAAGUUGUUCAACUUUCUACUCCCGAAGGCUGUGUUAGUGAGAAUUCAAGUGAAAAGAAAAACUGUGAGAAAAAGAAAAGGACAAAAAGUUUGAGUGAUGUGUUAAAUAGAAUAAAGAAAGAAAAAGAGGAGGAGAUGCUUAGUGCCACAAAGGAUGCGUUGAGCAGGGACCUCAGUUCUAGUGUAAAUGAGGAUGGGGAUGUGCAGGUCAAGAAAGAAGAUCUGGGUGUAGUAGGGAAAGCAAAUAGUAAUAGGAGUGAAAAUAGUAAUGCCUUGUCCAAGGACUCAAAGAUGGUGAUAGAGGAAAAUCAUAUUAGUGAUUCUUCAAAACCUGACGAAGCAGCAGGGAAAUCUGAGAAUAAGUCUGAUAAGAGCGUAACGGUAACGGAGGUGAAAGUAGAGCCAAUGGAAGUAGAUGAUGAAGUCACAAAGACUACCGAGGCAACUGCGGAGGGAGCCAGCAAGACCACGGCGAGUGAGAAGGAGCCGGUGGCCGAGGCCACCGCACCCGCCGAGGAGUUGGUGGAGAGGCCCUACCUCAGAAUACAGGACCCCGAGACGGUGGUGAAGCGGCGCCGCAUGUCGGACUACGAGGACGAGUGCUACACGCGCGACGAGGCGAGUCUGUACCUGGUGACGGAUACACAGGACGCCGUGGCGCGCCGCUGCGUCUGCCUCUCCAACAUCCUGCGCAACCUGUCCUUCAUCCCAGGCAACGAAAUGGAGUUCGCCAAAAACCCGACCUUCCUCGGGCUGCUCGGCAAGCUGAUGCUGAUCCACCACGAGCACCCGCUGCGCACGCAGCGCAACUACGAGCGCGAGGAGGACGCCGACUGCACCGACAGCUGCAGCAGCCUGGCGGGCGACGCCGAGUGGUGGUGGGACUUCCUCUUCCAGCUGCGCGAGAACGUGCUCGUGACGAUGGCCAACAUCGCCGGCCAGGUGGACCUGGGCCAGUACCCGGAGGAGGUGUCGCGGCCGCUGCUCGACGGGCUGCUGCACUGGGCAGUGUGUCCCGCCGCCCACGGCCAGGACCCCUUCCCCACCGUGGGGCCCAACUCGUCGCUGUCGCCGCAGCGGCUCGCGCUCGAGGCGCUGUGCAAGCUGUGCGUCAUGGAGGCCAACGUGGACCUGGUGAUCGCGACGCCGCCCUACUCGCGGCUCGAGCGGCUGUGCGCCGUGCUCACCAAGCUGCUCUGCCGCAGCGAAGAGCAGGUGCUGCGCGAGUUUGCCGUCAACCUGCUGCACUACCUGGCGGCCGCCGACACCGGCAUGGCGCGCACUGUGGCCAUGCAGGGCGCGUGUGUGUCGCAGCUGGUCGCCUUCAUCGAGCAGGCCGAGCAGAGCGCGCUGGGCGUGGCCAACACCCACGGCAUCACCGCGCUGCGCGACAACCCGGACGCCAUGGGCACCAGCCUGGACAUGCUGCGGCGCGCCGCGGGCACCCUGCUGCACCUCGCGCGCCACCCGGACAACCGGCCGCUGUUCCUGCAGCAGGAGCAGCGCCUCCUCGCGCUCGUCAUGAGCCAGAUCCUGGACCAGCAGGUGGCGGCCGUCGUCAGCAGCGUGCUAUUCCAGUGCUCCCGCACCCCCGCCCCAGCGCGGCCCCCGCCCGCUGCCCCGGCACCCACGCUCGCCCCCGCGGCCGCCUCCGCGUCGUCAUAGGGGUGCCGGGCGGGUCUGUAGUGUACAUGUUGAUGUACUUCUGUCCUCCUAGGACUUGACUUGUAGUAUCUAUUAAAUGAGAGAGGGGAUCCCUUGCCUGUGAUGUUGAGAGCAGUACGUUGCUGCAGGGGGGUUGUGUACAUAAGAAUUCGUAAUUAAUAGAAUCUUUAUCUGGAGCAGUCUGUUUAGAGAGGUGCCACUACAGUGGUCUUGUGAUUUUAAUUAAACCAUACUUAAUGUGAGUUGGUGGCUGUCAGUCAGUGUUUGCACUAGUGAAAUGCUGCCUUGCCCUUUUUGUAAUAGUAAAAACUUUGUUGUGACUUACCAGAACUGUUACACGUUGAUAUUGUGAACAUUUCCCUGGUAAUGUUUUUUUUUGUAUGCAUGAAUGUAAAUAACCAUCAACUUGACUGAAGUCCAGUCUGAAGUGCAUGUCAAUUUUUUAUUUCCAGUUGACGUACAACUUGUAAAAAUAUUUAAAUAAAAGAUCAACUUGCCACUUGCAAAUUUGUGCUAAAUAAAGAUUGACAGAAACAAAUGUGACAUGUAGUUUAUUUUUUAUCUGUGCUGUCAGACGACUACACGCUGAUACCCAGAGUACUUUUACCACAAGCCUUUUUUUUUACUGGAGCCAUGUCACUUUGUACAAUGUUGCUUACCAUUGAAUCAAACAGAAUGUAUGAUGUGUAAAGGAGAGAGUGGCCUGUGAGCAUGUGAUGAGUGGAUGUGGGUGGGAGAAAUAGAGAGUAUGUGAGUGUGUGUUUCUACUUGUACAGAGAGUCCAUCUAAACCAGGGAUGCGUACUGAAAUUGAUAUUAGUAGAUAUGUUAACUGGCAAAGUAACAGUAUCAAUAGAGUAUGGUACAACUUCUUUUAGGGUUCGUUUCCAAAUGAAGCAGUUAUUGUACUAUUGUAAAGCUCAUCCCAUACAUUGUCAAACAUCUGUGUUAUUUGUAAAAAAGAGAACUUAAUGCUGAUCAUUGUAUUUAUUAUGAUUGUUUUUAAUGAGAAAGUUAUAUGCAUUAACUUUGUCUGUUUGCAGAGGGGAUGUAUGAAAAACAAAAUGCAAUGGAUGUGGUAGUAGUGUAAGUGAGCUGGAUUUUGUUACAUUCUUGUUCCCUUGUUUCCUGAUACCAUUGUACUGCUGUUAAAUAAUCAGUUAAUAGCAGCUAUUGAAAUUCCUAUUGAUCAUGAAGAUGGUUAGCAUUUCUUUGCCAUCAUUUUAUUACUUCCAUUGCCACCUCAUUAAUUUCAUAUUUGGUAUCUACUUGUGAAAAUGCUUUAUAUAUGUCUGAAUACAGAAAACAAGAAAUAAAUGUACAUAAGUACUAAAAUCUUGAAA